CAUCUUAGAAUUUUGAUGGAAUUAGGGACCAAUAACAAAAAUAAAAGAUAUUGGGACCAAUACCAACUCCAUUCGAUAGUCCCCGAAAAGAAAAGCUCCUUCAUUGUGAGUUGUGAGUUCUGAAUCCCAGGGAACAAUUACAAUGGCCGUUGUUUCUUUUGGGCUCCUUUCCUUUGUUUUAUGUCUCUUUAUCAUAAUUACAUCACAAGCCAGUGCCCAGAGAUGUGAUAACAGCAAAGGCAACUACACAAUAAACAGCACCUACCACAACAACCUCAACACCCUCCUAUCCAGCUUCUCUUCCCACGCAGAAAUUAACUAUGGUUUCUACAAUUUAUCACUUGGGCAAGAAGAACCAGACAAAGUAUACGCCAUUGGACUAUGUAGAGGCGAUCAAAACCUGACUGAAUGCCUCAAAUGCCUAGACGAUUCCAGAGUCGCUCUCACAAAGGAGUGUCCAAACCAGAAAGAGGCAAUUGAUUGGAGAGCAGAGUGCAUGCUGCGCUACUCUAACCGCUCCAUAUUUGGCCUAAUAGAAACUCAACCUAUGGUGCGAAUCGUUUACCUGAAGAAUGUAACGGGCUCAGUGGAUGAAUUCAAUGAUGUGCUGGAGAGCCUGAUGAGGAAUUUAUCAAGCACAGCUGCAUCAGGUGACUCUCGUCGCAAGUAUGCAAGGGCUAGCAAACCUGCUCCAAGCUUUCAAACCGUAUAUGCUUUUACGCAGUGCACGCCUGAUUUGUCAUCGGAAGUAUGCUUGAAGUGCUUGGAAGAAGCUAUCGCAGAAAUCCCAAAUUGUUGUAGUGGCAAGGCUGGAGGCAAUGUUUUAAAACCAAGUUGUAGAAUUAGAUUUGACCCCUACUCCUUCGACGGACCAUUGGUGAGAAUAGACCCAGACAACCCUACUUCACAAGGAAAGAGCAACACAUCACGAACUAAUGGAACUAUCAUUGCCAUAGUAGUGCCAGUUGCUAGUGUUGUUUUGGUGCUCACUCUUUUCUGCAUCUAUCUAAGAGUGAAGAAGCCAAGAAAUUUUUUUGAAUUUAAAAGAGAAGAUAAUUAUGAAGAUGAAAUUACAUUAUCCGAGUCAUUGCAUUUCAACUUUGACACCAUACGAGUUGCUACAAAUGAAUUCACUGAUUCUAAUAAACUUGGACAAGGCGGAUUUGGAGCUGUUUACAGAGGUCGGCUUUCCAAUGGACAAGAGAUUGCUGUCAAAAGGCUGUCAAGGGAUUCUGGCCAAGGAGAAAUUGAAUUUAAAAAUGAAGUGCUUUUAGUGGCCAAACUUCAACACCGAAAUUUAGUUAGGCUACUUGGUUUCUGCCUAGAAGGAAGAGAAAGGCUACUUGUCUAUGAAUUUGUUCCUAAUAAAAGCCUUGAUUGUUUCAUAUUUGAUCAAACCUUGAAAGCACAAUUGGAUUGGGAAAGGCGCUACAAAAUCAUUAGAGGUAUUGCCCGAGGCCUUCUCUACCUUCAUGAAGAUUCUCGUCUGCGUAUCAUACAUCGUGAUCUCAAAGCAAGUAACAUUCUCUUAGACCAAGAGAUGAAUCCUAAGAUAGCUGAUUUUGGCAUGGCAAGACUGGUUUUAGUGGAUCAAACUGAAGGAAAUACAAAUAGAAUUGUUGGUACCUAUGGAUAUAUGGCACCAGAGUAUGCAAUGCAUGGACAAUUUUCAGUGAAAUCAGAUGUCUUCAGUUUUGGUGUACUGCUUCUUGAGAUCAUAAGCGGCCAGAAAAACAGAGGCAUUCUUCGUGGGGAAAAUGUAGAGGAUCUACUAAGCUUCUCAUGGAGAAACUGGAAGGAGGGAACAGCUAUAAAUAUUGUAGAUACAUCAUUAAACAACAAUUCACGAAAUGAAAUGAUGAGAUGCAUCCAUAUUGGUUUACUCUGUGUUCAAGAAAAUUUAGCUGACAGACCAACCAUGGCAGCCAUUAUAGAAAUGCUAAAUACCUAUUCUCUCAGUCUCCCAAUUCCUGCCGAACCUGCAUUUUAUACGAACAAUAGAACUGUAAGUCUUCCAGACAUGCAGUCACGGGAGUAUAAUUCAAGGGAAACAGGAUCAAGUAAACUCAUACUUGUUCAAGAAUCAGAAAAUGAAGCUUCAAUUACUGAGCUACACCCUCGCUAGAUUUUGGUCAUGGGGGUGAAUUUAUUCAUCAUUAAUGAUUCUUGUCUUAAACCAAAAUACAACGUCUUUGAACUCAUGUAAUUUGUUCGUGCAAUAUCUUUUUUAAAUACACCACACGUCCUUUUGUCUAAA